CAUUGUUUGUGAUGGUUUCUGAUAUAUUAGUUAUUCGUGAGAUGUUAUUUAUUUUUGUAAAAUAUCUGUAUUUUAAAAGAAAUUAUUGAAUAUGGGAGGUGGUGAUUUGAAUACGAAAAAAUCAUGGCAUCCAAACACAAUAAAAAAUCAAGAACGUGUUUGGAAGGCCGAGCAAGCUGUGGCAGAAGAAAAGCGCCGCAUUCAAGACUCGCAGAGGGAACGCGCUGAAGAGAGGAACCGUGAAGAACUCAAUAAUAUGGCAAAACUUAAUUGUGGAGCUACAACAUCUGACAAUCGCUUGCAUUGGAUGUAUGAUAAACCUGACAAAAAAGUGCAGGAUGAGGACUACCUUCUUGGAAAAACAAUAGAAAAGAAUUAUGACCAGCCAGAUAAGUCAGAUCAGGAUGUUAUUCCAGCAGUGGCACGUAGAGUUGUGGGAUCUAGCAUGUUAUCAUCUACUGGAGAUUCACAAGUAGAUUUGGCACGUAAGAUUCGGGAAGAUCCACUAUUGCUUGUGAAAGAACGAGAACGAGCGGCUCGCGCCGCUUUGCUGAACAAUCCAAUGCAACGGCGUCGUCUUGCAGAAUUAUUAAGAAAAGAACAGGAGCAAAGAAAAGAACGCAAAGAGAAGAAAACACCUAAAAAGAAAGAGAAAGAUUUAGAUAAUAUACUUGCAGCUAAGCUCAAUGCUUUGGCUGGGGAGUCAAGUAUCAGCAUAUCUACACUUCUCGCUUCUGAUAAUUCAGACUCGAGUUCAUCUUCAGAAGAUGAAGAGACAAAAAUAAAGAAAAAGAAAAAACACCAAAAGAAAACAAAGAAAUCUAAAACUAAGAAAAAGAAACACAAACAUUCUGAUGAUACAGAAUCUGAAGAUGAAAAAAAGAGUAAAUCCAAAGCUAAAAAAAAAAUAAAGGAAUAUAGUAGUGAACACAGAAAAGAUAUUCCGAAGAAUUCGAGGAAAAGAAAAAGCGACUCAUAUGAAGAGAUCAACAUAAAGAAACCCAAAAGUAGCUUAGAAAAAUCAGAAAAACAUGAUAUGGGUAGAAUCGGCUCUCGACGAGAGUCGGGUGAGCACCAUUAUAAAAGCAGUAGAAAGGCAUCACCCGAUAGGAGAAGAAUUUCAGAUGCAAAACGAAGUAAGCAAGCGGUGAGCGAGGAGGAGAGAGCGGCUCGGCUGGCGGCUAUGGCUGCAGCGGGGGCGGAGCGUGAGCAGCAGCGCGGGAGGCGCGUGGCCGCGCACCGAGCCGCCGCCGCCGCCGCCGCCGAGCCUCCGCCGCGGGCUCCUCGCGCCGACCACCAGGCGCGCAGCCUACCCGACUCGCUUGAAUCCAGAAUCCACUCCAAUAGGCACUACAUACAACGUGAUCGACGUCAUAUGGACGAACAUUUCGCUCGACGUUGACUGUAUAUAUAAUUUUUUAAUUUUUUAUUAUUCAGCAAUAUAUGAAUUAGAACUUAUGGAUGUUUUUUACUCAAUUUACUCUUGAAUAUCUUGGAAUCAUUACUUUUUCCAAUAAUAAACACUUGUAUUGAAGGAAAUAGUUUGUUUAUUUCAUUGGUAUUUUAGAAAAAAAGCUAUUUGACUCUCGGUAGUAUGACUAUUUUUGUAAUGACUUAUAUGUUUUCAAACCUGGAUGUACACAUAAUGUGGUUUGAUUUUGGUUCAAUGUGUUAUGUUAAAGCUAUAUUUAUAUAUUUUUAGCAUAUUAUAAUAUUGGUAUGAAUUUUAUUUAGGUAAUGACAUAUAAAAUGAAUGAAUAGAAUGAGUUUGUUUUUAUUAUUGUGCAAGUUAAAAUAUACUAUCUUGACCUAUAGAAACAUUAUGUAAAAUGACAUUAGUAUAUAUAAUUUAUUUUUUAAUUACUGGUAAAUACAGUUGAGGAAAAAUAAUUAUGAACUCAAUUCUUCUCAAGUGCCAACAAGCAAUACAAUGAUAUAAAAUAUUUGUACAUAUGUGUUCAUCACAUGAUUUAAAAUAAACUUAUUUAAAAGCUUGUAAUUUUUUUAAACAUAAAAGCUUGGAAAAUGAAUUUUUAAAGCGAUAAUUUAGCAA